AUAAGCCGCUGACAUGUAUAAAUGUGAUACACACGGGGAGUCUUUAUUGCAGCGUUUUACUGCCAUCCGGGUAUUUUCUUAUGCGGAAAUAAUCAAGUUGUGGGAACUGGGUCAUCAAACUAGCGGACAGUCGAAUGACUGGUUGGACGCGCCAUGGCUGAAGCUGGCGGCACAGGCGGGUGUCGCGGCUCCGCUCCGCCCGACGCCGUCGACCCGUUCCCCAACGAGGACCACGAGUGCAAAAUAUGCUACAACGACUUCGACGCGGAGCGCCGCGCGCCCAAGCUGCUGGGCUGCGCGCACACCUUCUGCCGCGAGUGCCUCGACGCUCUCCACUCCCGCGAGGGUCGCGGCUGGAGAGUCGGCUGCCCCGUGUGUCGCCACCGGACUCCGGUACCGGAGUAUCGGAUCGACAACCUCCCCGACAACAGCGCGGUGGCCGAAGCGGUGCGGUUCAAGAAGCCGGAGCGCGCGAGCCCGCCGACGGCCGACGCGCCGACGGCCGCCGCCGCUCCGCCGCGCGGCCGCGGUGGGCGCGGCGGCGGCUGUCCGCUGACGCUGAGACGAGUCGCGUUCACGUCGGGCUUGGUGUGCGCCAUCUUCUGCUCCGUGUGCGCGGUGGCGCUGCUGCUGCUGGGCCUCGUCUUUGCGCAUAACUUCGGCGGCGCGUCGUGGCCGGUGGGGCCCACGUGCCUGUUUCUCGCCGGCGUCCUGGAAAUGGCCUCGCUCAUUCUCACCUGGCUGCUGUGCACGGUGAAGUUCCAGCCGGAGACGCGACAGUUCAGCUCGCCCGGCGAUAACGUCACGUGACCUGCGGCUGCGGAGCUCGGACACCUGUUCACACCACGAGAGGAAAUCGGCUUUUUACGUCAGUGAGCAUCACUGGUGACAUCAAUCAAGACAAUGACGACUGAAACCGAGUUCAAUGAUCCUGUAUUUGUACACUCACUGUACCGUCAUUAGUAUCGUCCACGUACCACAUCUGUACAGUAGAUGAGGAUGAAGAAGGUGGAAGAAGUCAAGAUGGUACCUGGUAAAUAAAACACUCUAUCAUAAAGGGAAUGUAAAUAUAAGUAUAAAGAAUGGACGCUGUGAGCAGAAGUUAAGGCUUGUUUAUUGUGGCGGUCUCUGGCAUGACUUUUCGUUGGUGCCAUUGGAACAUGGUGGUGGUAGACACUGGUGGAGGGACCCCUUGUGGAUUUUGGCCUAGGGCCCCAUGCAGCAGACUCCAGAACGGCUGCAUUUUGUUUUCUCGCACUUUAAAGGGAACGCACUUCCGCUUCCAGUUCUCGCUUGUGCGAUCGUGCAACGCUCACUAAAGACUCAGCGUGGUCGACUGCACCACAGAGCAAUAGCUCGUCACACCCAUCACUGCCCCACGUCUCUCCUGCACUGUACUAUUGUUUUAUAAUGCGUUCAUAGAUUCCUGGGAGGCUCUGUGAGCAGGUGUGUUUUCCCACACAGCUGACGGGGUUUAUUUGGUUUACGGUGACAUUCUGGUGCGAGCAGCAGCAUUUCUAUCUUCACCUAAUGUGCCAAUUACAGAACCUGCUUACCCCAAACCCACCUCUGAGUGAUUACACCGACUCCCUGCGGUGGACCGGGUCAGCAGGGGACCGCAGGCCAAUGACCCUGAGGGGACAUGGGUUCUCACAAGAUGAGAGAAAUAACUUUGGGGUAGGGGGGCCGGCAUAAGUAGCGCUGUAAAGUCGAAAGACAAUGGAGAUGAACCUCCUAGGGGUUUCAAAUCAUCUGAUGGGCUUAGGUUUGCUUUUCCCGACUCAUAUAAACUGCAAGAUAUAAACUCAAUAAUGGCUCGGUCCACACCCAGAUCACCGUCAAAGCUGAAAGGUUUCAAAGGAGCAAUAAAAAAAUGGUUAACUGACGUUUUGUGUAUUUGUCCUCACAAACAAACACGCUCCUGCACCUACUGGGGGGAAAGUUACGAUAUGAGGCCACUGCAGUAACUUCACAGUUUGACUUUGUAGAUUAGGUCCACGCGGAUGUCUCUGUUUAGUGCAGAUAUGUGUUGAAUCCUGACAUCACAGCAGGCAUUUAUCUCCGCUCACUGUUGUUUUAGGAGGCGACUCUGGU